AAGGUUGUAUAAACCCAUACUUCCAGAGAACGAAAACAAAACCCUUGCGUUCUCGCUUCGCAUAGCAACUUUCUUGCACUCGCCUCGCCAACUCUACCUUCUUCCGGGGUGAUUGCAUUUGAAUUUUCCUGAAAUGGCGAUUGAUAGAAUUUUUAAAGAUGAAGCCAGUGAAGAAAAAGGGGAGCGGGCCAGAAUGGCUUCUUUUGUUGGGGCCAUGGCUAUUGCUGACUUGGUCAAGACAACCUUAGGACCAAAGGGAAUGGAUAAAAUUUUGCAGUCUACAGGUAGAGGACGUGAAGUUACUGUCACUAAUGAUGGGGCUACAAUUUUGAAGUCCCUCCAUAUUGAUAAUCCAGCUGCUAAAGUCCUUGUGGACAUAUCAAAAGUACAAGAUGAUGAAGUUGGGGAUGGAACCACCUCUGUUGUUGUUUUGGCUGGUGAACUUUUAAGGGAGGCAGAAAAGCUGGUUGCUACCAAGAUUCAUCCAAUGACAAUAAUAUCAGGUUUCCGAAUGGCAGCAGAGUGUGCUCAGAAUGCUUUGUUAGAGAAGGUUGUGGACAACAAAGCUGAUUCUGAGAAAUUCAGGUCAGACUUACUGAACAUUGCAAUGACAACUUUGAGCUCCAAGAUUCUUUCACAGGACAAGGAGCAUUUUGCAAAUUUAGCUGUGGAUGCUGUAAUGAGGCUAAAGGGAAGCACUAAUUUAGAAUCUAUCCAGAUUAUUAAAAAACCCGGAGGCUCAUUGAAGGAUUCAUUCUUAGAUGAAGGAUUCAUUCUUGACAAGAAAAUCGGUAUUGGACAACCCAAACGGAUUGAGAAUGCAAAGAUACUGGUGGCCAACACUGCCAUGGAUACAGACAAAGUGAAGAUAUAUGGUGCACGUGUUCGUGUUGAUUCUAUGGCCAGAGUUGCUCAGAUUGAAACAGCUGAGAAAGAAAAAAUGAGAGAAAAGGUGCAGAAGAUAAUAGGUCAUGGUAUCAACUGUUUUGUUAACAGGCAGUUAAUUUACAAUUUUCCAGAGGAGCUCUUUGCUGAUGCGGGGAUAUUGGCUAUUGAGCAUGCUGAUUUUGAUGGUAUUGAGCGUCUGGCUCUGGUAACCGGUGGUGAAAUUGCAUCAACCUUUGACAAUCCCGAGUCCGUUAAGCUUGGGCAUUGUGACCUUAUUGAGGAGAUUAUGAUUGGCGAGGAUAAACUGAUUCAUUUCUCUGGUGUUGCUAUGGGUCAGGCCUGUACAAUAGUUCUGAGAGGUGCCAGCCACCAUGUUCUCGAUGAGGCUGAGAGGUCAUUGCAUGAUGCCCUGUGUGUGCUAUCACAGACUGUGAAUGACAGCAGAGUGUUGCUAGGAGGUGGGUGGCCGGAGAUGGUGAUGGCAAAGGAAGUGGAUGCAUUGGCUAAGAAAACUCCUGGAAAGAGGUCUCUUGCUAUUGAGGCAUUCUCCCGUGCACUCUUGGCUAUUCCAACAAUCAUUGCUGAUAAUGCUGGUUUGGACAGUGCUGAGUUGAUUUCUCAGCUCCGUGCAGAGCAUCAGAAGGAGGGAUGUACUGCAGGAAUUGAUGUUAUUUCUGGUUCUGUUGGAGACAUGGCUGAAAGGGGUAUAUGCGAAGCAUUCAAAGUCAAACAAGCUGUGUUGCUAUCUUCAACAGAGGCAGCUGAGAUGAUCCUCAGAGUUGACGAAAUCAUCACAUGUGCUCCAAGGAGAAGAGAAGAUAGAAUGUAAAAUAUGGUGAAGGUACCUUGGCAUUUUUAGGCGUACCACUAGCAAGAGUGCUGUUAUAUUUUGAAAAAACUGGUUGUAAUGCUAAAAGUUUGUUAGGUAAAUUUUUGAUUUCGUUUUGCAACCCAGUGGAUUGCACUGAGAAUUAAUUAUGUUUAUUUGAAUUUAAAAACACUAUCUUUCAUUUUUCAA